AUGGCAAGGCAAAAGCCCUCCAAUUCAAAGCAUGUCCUUUACACUACCCAGUCUAGGCCGAAAAAAAGGCAAGGUCCUGCUUCGUCGCCUGUUGGAAAUGGAAGCCCGGAGCAGUCCGCCGGCAGUAGUUCAGUCACUGCUUCAAGACGCCCAGAAAACAACUCGCCUGUGGAGGGCGCUGGAACGGUCGAACAAUCUCGUACUCCGCAACCGGCCCGGCCUGUCGCCCGGCCAUUGAUACCGACCAGACCAGCCACGUCGACUCCGACAAGAUCUGAUCAGAUCUUGGCGCCAUUGGAUUUAACCCCAGUAAACCGACAAGAAGCAACUGCUAGUGCCAGUAGUAUAAACUCCCCAGCCGCUCUCACAAGUAUGGAGCAGAUAAAACAGUUCUUCGCCACCCAAGGGGAGUUUAAUAAACAACUGGAGCAACGACUGGAAGAGUUAAAACAUCAAACCUCGGGGAAAAGAUCGAAACAAGUUCAGCGCCCUAGAAAGGAAUUAUCGGUAAGUGAACAAUAGGGCCAUUUAUUCCAGGAAAAAUAAGACGCGUCUUAAAUAAGACGCGAACUUUCCGUAAAAACGGCACAUUUCGUCUAAAAUAAGACGUGGCUUAGCUAAGACGCCUCUUAUUAGAUAAGACAUGCUCGUAUAAAUGGUACAGUUCGCGUCUUAUUUAAGACGCGUCUUAUGUAAGACGCGUCCUAUUUUUCCUCGUAUAAAUGGCCCUACCCAUUCAUGUAAAGCUUCCUGAGCUUAAUGGCUGUCUGCCAACAUGUUUGACCUAGCCUAUGGCCUGUUCCAUCGAGCAAGCACAAAAAUAAAAAUAAAAAUCGUGUUAGAGUUAAGUCUUAUCAUCCAUGGAUUUAUUGUCGCGCCACUGGCAUCAUUCAUAGAAAAUUUGACUCCCUCCCCCUAAGGACGAAAAUUUUGGGGGGGAGUUUAUUUUUGCGGAUUGGCGGUUUUUUGUGUUUUGCGGGAACUAAUUUUUGCGAUUAGAAAACAUUGUUUUUUUCCCACUGGGAAUUAAUUUUUUUGUGAGUUUUAAAAAGAACCCAGCAUUCAUAAUAUUUUCAAUUUUGUUAAAUGUUUUUGUUAUAAUAAUAAUAAUAAUCAACUUUAUUAUUAUAAACACCAAUGAAAUACCAAGUGAGCUUUUGCGCGAAAACUUGAUAUCUUCACAUGAGAAAAUAACAUGUUAUCUUCACGUGUGAAAAUAUCACCAUUGCUAUGGCUUCAUAAUAAACCGCACCUUUGAGACCCAAAAACCAUUUAAGGAAAAUGGUUUGGCAUUUCAUUGGUGUUUAUGUAAUAAAUAGAACAUGACAUGGUUGCUUGGAGAUACAAAAUUUCUCUUCUUGUGUUGAAAAAAUUAUACAAAAAUGUAUAAGAUUAUAUAGGUAUGAUCUGAACGAAAACAAAAAUAAUUUACCUUGAGUUAACAACAACAGCAACAACAAUCUUUAUUGUGCUCUUGAUGCAAAAGUGUAAAGACAUUAAAGGAAAAUAAUUGUGAAAAAAAGAGAGCACAGCCAAUAAGAAAUAGCAAAAGCUAAUCGUGCCAAGUGGCUGGGCCAUGCGGAAAAGUAACUAGAUAUCAAAGUUGUUUAAAAAACAUCUUGCUGGCUGACUGCUGAAUUUCAAGUUAUCGAGGGUAGAAUUACAGUAAAUAUAGGAAGGAAAUCCAGGGGAAAUCAAUCUGAUUCAAGUUAGUGUGAGGUUCGAGUCAGCAAGGGAUUGAGAUGGGGACCAAGUGUAAAACGUUCAAAGUUACUGGUACGAAGGAUUAAUAGUUCUACUUUCUAGUAUUUUGCUGCCUGAAAGUUUCGUUUCGCUUUCUGUUUUUGAUACAGUUUGUUUGCUUUAUUGGUUAUUAGCUUAUUGUUCUAUCUGUUUCCCUGACUGUUUCCUUGUUAAUUCAUCCUUUAUAAGGCUCAUGUGAGGGACGUCUAUUGUUCACUGACCAGUGAGGAUGGGGAAGAUGUUAAAUGGGAUCUUUCACAAGAGUAAGUUAAGGUUCUUAUCAUUUUUAUUUCUGUUGUUGUUUUUUUUAUAUCAGGUUGCCAGGUCACUAAUUGAGAUGCUUAAGUUAUGCAGUGUUUGUUUUGAGCUUUUUUGUUGUUGCAGCUCAUAAACUGUAUUAAAAAAAAUACAAUGGUUUUUACCAAAAAGCAAACUUCUAUCGCUAUUUUUAAAGGAAAAGCUACCGUGUAUUGUAUACAAACUCUUAAUUUAUUAGGAGUCACAAGUCUUUCUCAUAUGCACCCCUUCAGUAUCAAAAUAAUAUGGGAUUACCUUAAUUUGGGAUCUUGCGCACAAAAAGAACCCUCUUUCCAGAAAAAAAUACUUUGCUUAGCCACUCAGUUCUCACACAAUUUUUGCCAUCAAAUUCAGCUUUAAUCACAGAAAUAACCAGGUUGUACAUGCAGCUAUUAUAGAUGAAGUGCGAAGCACAGGCAUUUCUGCAACAGUAUCGCUCAUAAGGGGUAAGUGUAUUCCUGCACUCUAAUUUCCCAGAUUUGGCUCUGUAGAAUAUAAUAAUAAAAUUACAGUAGAUCAUAUGUAUUAAUAUGGUGGAAAAUUACAGGAAUCUUUGUCCAACUUGAACCUCGAGUCUUCUGGGGUGGAUCCAGGAUUUUAGCAUAAGGGGUUCAAUGAAAAGGCAAGGCGGUCACCUUUCUUUUUGCAUCAAAAUAUCACUGAAAGCAGUGAAACAACGAUGCAAAUUUGCAUUUGUAAAACUAAUAUAUAGAUUUAGCCAAGGCUAAAAGCGAAGCUCCCGUUAAUAAAUUCAUAAUUUAAAUCAAACAAUAAACUUGUAAUCCACAGAUCAGGGCACAUUCAUUUGACUUUUGAGGCAAAGGCUGAGUGAUUUUGGAGAAAAAUCAGAAUUUGACCGUCCAAGAGUGAAACAAAUUUUACAUCAAGUUAUUUGUACGCCGAAAAAUAGCAAUCAUGUUCGAUCACAGUAGAUUACGCCUGGAAAACAAAUAGACCUAUUCGUGUAUUGUAUUUGCAUUAGCUGUAGCAUCAUAAUGUGGCAUUCACCAGUCUCUCCAACAUUGCUCCCUUAGAGAGACUAUGGAUAAUUGGACAACCCCGAAAUAUAAUUUUAAGAAACACAUGCGCCACGAUAGUCCUUGGUGGCAGCCAAUUUACACGUUGCAUUCCUCAGUCUAAAAGAGAGGCCAAGUUUAGUUCACUAGUAAAUCUUGGCGACGAAUCUGGUGGCGUGUAAACCAGCCUUUUAAACAUACUUUUUCUCAUCACGUCUCAGGUAAACAGUACACAGACCUCGGACAGAAUUUGUUCUUUUUUGCCCUAUUUAAACCUAUAAUUCUGCAGUUUUUCACGAUUUUGCAAGAGAAUUUGCACCCAUUCAAUAUCCACGACGAUCAAAGCACGCGCUUCCUUUGCACAACAAAAUUAUAGCAUUGAAUUAUAAAACGUUUUCUGUUAGAAAAAUCUGGUCCUAUGUGAUAUGCGGGUAGUAAUUAUGGGCUUUUAAUGAAAACGAUAAAAAAAUUCCCAAAAUCACUUUUCGGCCAGCCGGACGGGUUCUCACCUUUGACAGGCACCAAAUUUGCAGUGCGAUUAAUAGAGUUACCACUUAAACUUCAACAUGAUAGAGAAAUUGUUUUGUUUAGGUUUUAUUCCCUUUAUUUAUUAAACUGCGUAUGGUUUUGUUAUGUGUAAUCUUUAAAAGCGAGUGAUAUUUACGCGCGGCGUUUUGAGUAUUCCUACAUGCGAUGUUUAUGUUCGACUGGAAACACCCGGUGCAGCGAUGAAAAUUGCGAGAAGGACUACUAACAAUCAAUAAAAUAAGUUUAAUUCGGUGAAACAUGUACAGAGACAAUAAUUUUCAUUCACGAAGAGAAGUAUUGAGAGUAAAGUGUCUCAGAAAAUCAUGAGUCAGGCAAGCAUGAGCUUAUUUAUGUUUUAAGCCGGCUUCCCGGUGUUCGCUCGUUUUCAAGAUGAACUGGAGGCAAGAAAAUCGCUCAGAGCUUUCUGUUUACAGCCAAAAUCAUAACUAAAUAAUCUUCGGAACCUUUUCUUUGAAUUUGCGGGUCAAAAAAUGUCUAAAGGCUUUUUAAACCUGAUACUAUUGUCGGUUAGAUCAUUGCUCGUGUUUUAACUUAAGCCGCAUAAACCAUACGCUCGACUUCAGGAAACCGAAAAAAAAAAAAACACUUCAAAAACAAUAAUGGCUCAAGCUUACCAGUCGAGAUGCUGCUUCCGAAGGUCAUCAAGUGUUCCAGAAUCGCUUGAGACUUUUCAACCUUCUUACGCCUCAAGCAAGGGCAAGUGAGUAAGCUCAUUUUUGAAAACGAUGCCAUCCGAAAUCGGAUUUCCAAUGACUUUGACAAGCGGUGCAUUUGUCAACAAGAAGCGCAAUAAACAAACCAGCCACGAAUUACAGAACAAUCUUGAUAGCAGCUGUAUUUCAUUUUGUACACCAAGUAGAAAAAGACAGUUUAAAACAUCACAAGAUGACACAAAACUCUCUCAGCUCCAGCUAUCAGUAAGCAAGUUUCCAGACGCUGCAAAAAUUUUCCGCAUAAACUCACCUGUCAAAUUUUGACCAAUCAGAACAUAAAAAUUGGACGUAGAGCGUGAUCAACGCGUGACAGUGAGAAAAGUCAAACGCGAUUGAACUCCCUGCAUGUAAGUGUAAAAGCCGGUUGAAUUUUCGUGUCCGAGAUCAGUUCGAAAUCAACAUUUUAAAAGUGCGGCUCAUGAAACACGACUUAUUUCAUAUGCAUUUUAAAAAAAUUGAACUUGAGCCUGCGAUCAUUAGAAAAGUAGCAACUUGUCAGCGAAUACCUUCAAAAUAUUACUCGAGCUCAGAGGGUCGAUACCUGAGCCCGCGAUACGGUCAGGCGAUACUGGUCAGCAGGAACACUGUUUUGACAGCUGUCAAUUAAUCAAAACAUGGAUGUACAAUAUCAGGUUGCAGGCUCCCAAACUAGCUAGAAAGUGUGAGAUUAAACAUUGGUAUGCCUGUGGUGCGGACGGACGGAAGGUCGGGUGGUCGGUGUACGGUCACGUGAUUGCCGAAUUUUCUAGGAUGGAUAGAUUUUCUAUAAAGCUAUGGGGCUUCGAAUUGAGCCCGUGAUCAAAUAAAAUAUCAGCGCAAAACUUUAAACACUACGUGACCUCAAUAGAUAGAAAAAUGAGCCCGCGAUCCACUUAGGUGAUGAUGGUCAGCGUAUACUCUAGUUUGACAGCUGUCAAUUAACCUUCAUUAGAAUGGCGAAUAUUCGAAUUAACAGACUACGAGUGUGAGUAGGACAUUUCCGUCCGGCAUGUAGUGGAAAAUGCCAGAUCGUGUACCUGAGCGAACCUGAGCCCUCGUUAUUAGUUUUCUGAUAGCGGUCUGAACAUGUUCCAUUUUGACAGCUGUCAAUUGACCUUAAUUUGGCCUUUCAAUGUAACUUUAAACGACUGUCAGCCAACUGACAGCCUUGCCCGGCGUAGUUUCGUUUUUAUGUUGAAUUGGUAAGUGUGACAUAUUAUAUCAGCUUAUAUAUACGGGCAAAACGACUGGUCUUUUAUCUGAGCCCGCGAGACGGUCAUGUGAUAAUUGUCAGCGGAUGUCUGAUUUUGACAGCUGUCAAUGUAAUCGUACUCAUACGGAUGGCUUACAUAACUAAGAGCUGAGGCUAGUCAAGUUGUGCAAGAUCUAUUGUGACAUUUGACAUCGGCUUACAUGAAGUGUGUGUACGGACGGGCGUACGCUACGUCAUAACCAAAUUUUCUGGGAUGGAUAGUUUACCAAAUUUUCUUACCCAUGGUGCUCCGCUGCGCGCGCGCUUCGCGCGCGCGGGAGCUCCGCUAUGAUAAUUAAAAAACUAUGAUAUUUUCAAUUUUGUGUUUCGUCGAACAUGGGAUCAACAAGAAGCAUUCUUCGGUAUCUUUCCGCAAAAAACUGAACCACAGCAUCGUAGUCAAUGGGCUUUUCGUAAUGAAUGUUCAUCAUAGCCAAGCCUAACAGUCUUUCUGUUGUCAUGGUGGAAUCCUUUGACAAGCUUCAAAGCUGUACCUUUUUCUCCCUUGUUGUCAGCUGAAGUGACUGGUAUAGUGCAAGCAGGCUUUAUUUCACAUUUUUACAAGUUUCCGAUGUUGGCUGUUUUAAUUUAGGGGUUCGAACCCCCGAAACUGCCCCCCCCCAGAUCCACCACAUUUCUUGGUCCUUUUAAGAAAUUAUUUUUUUACUUAUGGUGAUAGCAGUCAAUAAUUUUUAUUUCUGUUUUCCUGAAUGACAGCUGCUAUUAGGACCCACUUUAAGACCAAGAAGAGGCAGAAAAAAAUCAAACAAGGCAACAAGGAGAAACAAGUCCUGAAAGAGCAGCGAAUCAGGAGCAGAAAGAAUACAGUAAAUACAGUGAAACCUGUAUUAAGCGAACACCCUCUAUUAAGCGGACAGUAGCUUAAGUCCCAGAAUUUAUUUCCCUUAUUUGCUUUAAAUGAAACCUUUAUUAAGUGGACACCUCUAUUAAGCGGACGCGGACACCUAAAAAGUACCUGAAAUGGACAUUUCUAUUGUUACCAACGUGUAUCAAACGGACACUUGUAAUCAAAUGCCACCACCCAACAUGGCAGACACCGGAAAUGCGAAGAUUGCCUCGAAUUGCCACCCACAAAUGUUUCUAUUUUUACAUUAAAAAACGUGACUUGACAAACAUAUUUGGUUAGUUUCAUAGUACAGUACUGUUUUCUAUUUCGUUUUGUUUGUAUAGAGCUUGUUUCACUCAUCUGAUUUCUUCAAAUUUGAGUUGCAGUCUAUGUUUAUGGUAUUAUGAUCAACUGAUCCACUUUGAUAAAGAAAUUAAUGCAAACAUAUAUCGUCAAAGUCUCUGAGAGUGUUCUUAACCUUUCCACUGUUCACUUAAAUGGCGUUUGACACCUCAUAUGACGUUAUUUAUCGAAACCUGUAUUAGACGGCCACACCUGCAUUAAGCGGACAUUACAGCAUUCCCCGAGGGUGUCCGCUUAAUACAGGUUUCACUGUAUACAGUGUAAAAAAGUUCCUUGUUACUCUCAAGCCAUUACAGUGAAGCCAGGUCAAGUGUAUUCCCAAGAUUGCAUUAAAAUUAAUGAAUUUACUAUAGGAAAGUGGAAUCAGUUGAUAGUUUUAGAUUUUAGCUAGUUUCCAGCAUAUGUAGUGAGCAGUGAAAUUUACAGUCUAGGUUAAGUUUUUUUUAAUUUCUGCCAGCUCAGUUUUGUUGAAAUUGUUGUAAAUGCCUUUUGAUGGUCUCACUCAUAAAUCAUUUUUGUUUGUUACAGAAACGACUAAAGAGACAAAAGGCACUUGUACAAUCGACAUCCAUUCCGAAUGAGGAGAAGAGAAGAUUUAUAGAUUGUAUGAAUGUAGAAUACAUGUCUUCAGAACAUUCUGUCUCUGAAGACAAUGCAGAUGAAGAAAACAGCUCUGAGGAUGACAAUGUCCCCAAGAAAAAGGGCUCUGUAGGAGGCCUCUUCCUUGGAGGAGCCAAGAACUGA